AUGGCUGCAACUGAAGAUCAGGCCCAGGCCCAAGAGGUGCCCUGGUUCUUGAAGACAUCAUACCCUGUCCUUUUCCCUACUCACGAUGCCUUGUUCAAAUCACCUGCCGCCUUUGACAGUUAUCUCUCCGAUGAACUGCGGGGUGAAUAUGGGGUGAUGUCGAUGGAGUCCCUGGAAAUGGAAGACUCAAUGGACGGCAUCACUCUAGCUAGCGAAGAGAAGGAAUCAUCCACACCCGAUCAGAAAAAGGAAGACGAAGAGUUUCUGAACCGCAUGUUGACGGAGAACUCGGACGUCGCCUUUCGAUCUACUCAAAACGCACUAGUCGACCUCUUCUUCGAAAUGGAAGAAGUCGUUUCUGGUGAUCGGUUAAAGGAGCUGCUCGACGCUGCCUGGGCUGUUCAUCCACUCAUUACUCUGAAAAUCAUCUUCAAUGCGCGCUCAAUACACUUGGGCAAGAGCUCGAAAAACGUCUUUUACCGAGCCGCUGGCUGGCUGGCGAAGAACCAUCCGCUCACGCUUGUCGGCAACUUGAGAUGGCUCAGUAGGCCAAUCAUCGAGAAGAAGGUCAAGAAGGAGAACGAAAAUGAUGAAGGGUUUGUCAAGGUGGAAAAGCGUGAGGGAGAUGAGAAUGCGGUGGAUCAGUAUGAUGUUCGACAUGGAGUUUCGCAUGGUUACUGGAAAGACUUGCUGAAUAUCCUUGUUUUGGCGAUGGAGAAGAAGCUGGAUGUGCUUGAGAAUCCGAGAGAUGUCUUGAAUGUGGAAGAUGAAGAUAUCAAGAAUGCUGUACUGGCGAGGCGGAAAAGGAAGAGGGAUGGUGUGAGCUCUGCAAAGACCGCUCGAUCAAAAAAGUCAGCAAAGCGUGCAGCCGCCAUCGAAGCUUCUAAACAGAGGGCAAAGGCGAAGGAGAUGCGAGCGAAGCCCAACAGACACGUCCUGGAAGAGCAAACUGUUCGCAUUGGAAACCCGGAAUUCGCCCAGCAAGUCGCGGCCUUUGAGGAAUCUCAGGCAAAAGCUGAAGCGGCUCGAAUAAGAGCUGAAAAGCGAGAACUGGAAGCCACACAGCCAACACAUGCCUUGGAGAAAGAGACGGCACGUAUUGAAAACCUCAAGUUGGCUAGGCACCGGGAACGAGAUGACCGGCAUGCGGCCUCUAUGGACUGGUUCAACACCAAUGCCGUUUACCGAACUUUGCAUGUCGCUGUGGCGCGACUCUUUGCUGACCAGCUUCACUCUGACCUGGCGGCUCUCCGGGACUCUGAUCACAGAGCCAAAAGGGGCAUCUCUCUCUGUGCAAAAUGGGCUCCUUCGCAUGGCAAUUUCCACGACAGACAUACUUGCAUCAUCAGCUCCAUCGCCGAAAUCCUGUAUCCGCGAGAGUCGCUCGCCAGUGUGGUCUCUACAUCAGAUAGCCGGGAAGUAUAUCUGCGCUACGCACGAGAGCAGUAUCGCAAAGACGUGUCUGCCCUGAGAAAGCACCUCGAAGUCGUGGAGCGGGAUAUCAGCGCCAGUACAUUCGACAAGAUCAAAUAUGAUCGCGUGCCGUCCAUCGCGAUGAAGAACUACACUCGAGUCUUCAUUGAAAAAGAUCUGGAUCGCUUCCAAGAGUACGUUGGCAAGGUUGCCGAGGGAAAGGCCAAUAUCUCAGGAGCUCAUCUCAGCCAACAUGAGCUCAUCAAUCACACCAUGAGGGAAAUCGAGGCCAAGGUUGCCGAUGGCCAGUGGAAGACGCUUGUUCAGCGGAUAAAAGACUCGGGCACCCUGUCUUCGUGCAUUGCAGUAUGUGAUGUGUCUAGCAGCAUGAGUGGCCCUGUCUUCAAGGACGGCACCACUCCCAUGCACUCUGCGAUCGGACUGUCUCUGUUAGUUGCGGAGGUGACGGAGGAGCCGUUUGGCGGCAAGUUUAUCACGUUCGACUCGCGGCCGUCGAUGCAGUCUAUCAGUAUGAACAAGACGUUUCCCGAGAAAGUUCAGGAGAUUAUGCGUGCGCCUUGGGGUGGGAAUACGGAUUUCGUGGCUGUUUUCGAACAGUUGAUUCUCCCCCUGGCCAUCGAAAACAAGCUCAAGCAGGAAGACAUGGUGAAGCGUGUGUUUGUGUUCAGUGACAUGCAUUUCGACUCGGCAGAGAGCAGCUACAACUAUUAUAGCUCGAAUGGACCUCAAAAACAGGCGACGUGGGCGUCCUCCUAUGAGAGGAUCAAGGUUAAAUACGAGGAGCACGGGUAUGAGCUGCCGGAGCUCGUAUUUUGGGAUCUCGCGGGUGGGAGAGGGGGCGGGACUGCGCCGAAGCCGGUGCUUGCGGGGGAGGCGGGCACGGCGCUGGUGAGCGGGUAUUCGCAGGGCAUGUUGAAGGUGUUUAUGGAUAAUGGAAUGUUUGAGGCUGAAGAGGAGGAGGAGGAGGGAGAAGUUGAUGUGAAGGAUGAGGAUGAGGAUGAGGAUAUGGUGGAGAUUACUGCGACUGAGAAGACGAAGAAGGCGAAGAUGAAUCCGUUGGCGACGGUUAAGAAGGCGAUUUCGCACAAGGCGUAUGAUAUGCUUAAAGUAAUGGAUUAG